UGCGCGCACAUACAGUCUGUCUCAUCCUCGGAUAAAGUCUCGGCUAGGCUCGUGCGCAGUUUGAGCCCUCGUAAUUUCUUUUUCUUUCUACAGUGCCGGAUUUUUGUACUUUUUGAGCUGUUAUUGCGGAAAAUUUGGAGGAAGAAUUUUGAAUUUGUGCGCGAGGAAGGACUCAUUGCGCGUAGUAAUUGCAAUAACAACACGCCGUGAAGACUGUGGAUGUACUGAAGAUGGCUUUGUGAAACAAGCAGAGGUAAACAGAUGGAGUUUUAAACCCCCCUUACUCCGUUUAAAGUUCCUUUAGUCCCUCAAUGAUGGACGGCACACACCCGUCCCGGACUUUCACGCCUGACUCUGCAGCUUUCGCCAACACAUGAGAGAAGAACUAUGUUUUGUCUGAUGAAAUCUCGGAGCUUAGCGGAGAGCAGCGGGGCUAUGGGGAUCAGACAUGGGACAAAAAACCAACACCACUCCAAAAUAUACUCCACUUUUAUACUGCUGCUGCUCAUCUUCACACCCAGAGUGGACUCAUCGUGGUGGUACAUUGGAGCGCUGGGUGCUCGGGUGAUCUGUGACAACAUUCCCGGCCUGGUGAACAAGCAGCGACAGCUCUGCCAGCGACACCCAGACCUGAUGCAGUCGAUUGGCGAAGGAGCCAAAGAGUGGAUCAAAGAGUGCCAGCACCAGUUCAGACACCACCGCUGGAACUGCAGCACCCUGGAGCGGGACCACACUGUGUUUGGCCGUGUGAUGCUGCGAAGUAGUCGUGAGGCAGCGUUUGUGUACGCCAUCUCCUCAGCUGGAGUGGUCUACGCCAUCACCAGGGCCUGCAGUCAGGGUGAGCUAAAGAUCUGCAACUGUGACAGCCACAAGCGAGGUCAAGCGAGUGAUGAGAGGGGCGCUUUUGACUGGGGAGGAUGCAGCGACAACAUCGACUAUGGCAUCAAAUUUGCCAAAGCCUUCGUAGACGCCAGAGAGAGGAUGGUGAAAGAUGCCAGAGCUUUGAUGAACCUGCACAACAACCGCUGUGGUCGAAUGGCGGUGAAGCGCUUUAUGAAGCUGGAGUGCAAGUGUCACGGGGUCAGCGGCUCCUGUUCUCUGAGAACCUGCUGGCUGGCGAUGUCUGACUUCAGACGGACAGGAGACUACCUCCGUAAGAAGUACAACACGGCCAUCGAGGUGACCAUGAACCAGGAUGGGACGGGCUUCACGGUUGCUGACAAGGACUUCAAGGGAAGCACCAAGAACGAGCUGGUGUUCGUGGAGAACUCACCAGAUUACUGCCUCAUGGACCGCUCAGCAGGCUCCUUGGGAACAGCAGGCAGAGUGUGCAACAAGUCCUCCAGAGGCACGGAUGGCUGUGAGGUCAUGUGCUGUGGGCGGGGCUAUGACACCAUGCGUGUCAAACGUGUCACCAAGUGUGAGUGCAAGUUCAAGUGGUGCUGCGCUGUGGAGUGUCAAGACUGCGAGGACAUGGUGGACAUUCACACCUGCAAGCCACACAAACGACCUGACUGGCUGGACAUCACCUAAGAAGGAGACAUGACCAAUCACAGCCACCAUUGACUCAUUAACCUGCGCACUAAUGGCUGCAUUCUUCACAGGAUAUGUAAUUGGGAUCUUUUAACUGUAUUACCUCUGGCUUUUGAUCUUUCAACACUUCCUGGAGCGGAAACUUCACAGACCUUGAUACUAAACUGGAAAUUAGGCCCAGUGACUGAUCAUGUGCUGCUUUAAAAACUGUCUGGACUAUGUGAGGAACCUUUUUGAAGACUUUCUUUGAACCUUUGAUACAAAUGGCUGAAUAUUAUGUUGCUGUAAAUGCACCCUUUGUUGAUGCAGAGAUAUGAGGUUAUAUCUGCUUGUUUUGCAAUAUAUAAAGACUAUGAGCACAUGACGGCUCAAUUUGAUGACAAUUUUAUAGCAAUAUUUAGCCUGAAGAGAAACAAACACAGAAGAGAUCAAAGCAUGUUAUCAUUUAAAAUGAUAUGAAGUCAUUCUGUCACUGCAAGGAAAUUAUUUUAAUGCAUAAGACAGUUGCUGCUAAGUGCAACUCUAACAAAGCUACAAUAAGACGCAGGGUGCAAAUGAAAGUCUGACUGAGAGCAGACAAUCCCACAGUCAACAGCAAAGAAGAAAAACAAUCGACAAAAAAUAAAGACUGAUCUUCAGUGGCAGAGAUUAAUUUGGGACGUUUUUGUGAGACAAAAAGAACAAACUAGCAGAAUACACUAAAGCUUCACCAGGACUUUGUACUGUUUUCUGAAAGGGUUAACUUUUCAAAUAGUAUUUAACAUGUCUGAAAGUCCGUAAUUCUUCUAACUAGGGCUGUCAGGAGAUUACAAUUUUUAGUCGCCAUUAAUCUUACAAUUUUUUGUUUACUUUAGAUUAAUUGUAAAUUAAUCACGCCAUUGUUAUCUGUUCUACAUGUACCAUACAGGAAUAUUUCUCAAGAUUUACUAGUAAAUACCCUUAUCAACAAAAAUGCUUUAUUUAUGCAAAUGUUUAUGUCAACAACUCAAAACAAAUACAGAAAAAAAAAUUCCCUAGAUUAAGCUCAAAGAUUCUAAAUGCUCAAAAAUAUAUUGAGAGCAUCACAUGGUAAGCUCAAGCCCAAAAAGUGACACAGAUACUGAGCUUAAGUUAACAUUAUUGAAUAAUAGCACAAUGUAUUGUCCAACUUCAGACUUCUAGAAGUUAAGUCCUCCAUUGUCCUCAGCAGCCUAAUACAUAACACUUAUCUCAUGCUUAACAUCAGUUAAGUUUAAAUCACUUGAGGUCUUUCCCCGUUCCGCCAUUGUAAACAACCCAGCAUGACCUUUGGCGAGGGGAGCAGGUCUCUGCAUUGGCGGUGUGCUUGGCCAGCGAGUGCUAAGGGAUAUACAAGACUCUACAAACUCCGGGUAACUCAGUUCACGUCAACAGUAAGAGCAAACAACUCAAGUCUUACCUGGCAUGAUCUUAAAGCUGAACUUGCCAUUCAAAACUGUCUGUCCUUUCUCCAUUUCUGCUCGCUACCAACAUCACUACAGCACCGCUUUCAAAUCUCACUAACAAUGGGAUGAGAAUGGGGUCAUACAAAACUUGUAUUAACGUGUUAGCUUUGACAGCCCUAGUUCUAACAUGUUCUGACUGUGUUGCCUUACAGUAAAUUUCAGUUCUACCUCUCGUUCCUAAUGGUUGUUUCAGUUCUACAGUCAGUAUGUUUACAUGUAAUCAGAAAAAGUCGAAUAUUUGUGUUAAUCUGACUUAAACUGGCCAUUAAAACCAAUUUAAACAUAAUCUGACUGAAAUCACAUUAAAUCACAUUUGUCAAAGUCAGACUAACAUACCUUAAUAGUAUGGUUGGAGACUGAUUUACUUUUUCACUUAUAGAAUGCAACCAGACCCAAAUUGUACAAGGGCUUUGACCUGGAAUUUGAACCUCCUAAAUGCUAAGUGUAGCAGAAGAUGCAUUGUCAUCUGGCUUCAGAUACUGGCAUAAGUUAAAGGGUUAGCAUGUCUCUUGUCUGUAUCAAAAGUGUAGGGUAUGUACAAAAUGUACAGAGAUGUAAAAAUCUUUAUGUUUUUGCCAUUCAACCAUUUAGCUGAUUGCUAACUUGUUAGCAAGGUAAACUGAAACUAGACUUAACAGUAUCUAGAUGAAGGGGGGUACAUCCCCAGUGUGCAUAGCAGUGUCAGAAAUUCUUCCAUGUAUUGAUUUUUUCCCCAGUGCCUGACAAGGACAAGACAAGGACAGCUGUCUAAUGAACUAUCCUAAUGGAGCUAUAAUGUAGCUCUGCUUAACUAUGCAUGUAAAUGUACUGACUGGUAGCAGGCUUUCUUAUUCUUUUUACAUAGACUACUGCAGCAAAAAUCUUCAACUGUGAUAAACUGUUUAAACUUUUGCAGCCACAUUACACAAUUUCCCAAUAAGACAAUCCAGGCCAAAAAUUUAGCUAAGAUAUUGUGAUUGUACUGUUAAUCUGGUGAUCAAACAGAAGCCCUUAAGGCAAGUAUGGAAGGUAACCUGGUGAUGCAUUUUAGCUACCAAGGUAUCAUUUUUUUGUUUUGUUUUUAUCAAUAGCAAAAAUGUAAUUUUUUUCCAAUAAUGCUUCGUCACCAAGUCAGUGGCUGCUUAGGGUGCUGCACCCUUAAGGAGUCCACUGUGAGCCCUGAACAUUUUAAAUAAAGCCCUACACGUAAAACAACUACCAGACUGUCCACUUCCCUGCUCUCCUCUCAGCUGCUCUUUGCACUGGAGAUACUUGUUGUUUCAUAAAAUCAAAAAGCUGUGCACAUACAUUUAUUUGCAUCAGCUAAACCACCUUUAAAAAAAAAAAUAAAUAAAUACCAGCACAUCAGAUAUUUGCAAAAAUCCAAUACUGUGUAUCCCUGAUAUGAGUGCUCAUCAAUUUCACUUCGAUCAUAUUUUGUUUAACAAGAUAUUCUGUUUGUUCCCAAUGGGUCACAAAGUUUUUGGUGCUGCUUCGUCUUACUGGGUGAACUGCAACUUUGCUGGUUGACAAAUAAACAUUACUGUUGUGAUAAAAGGUCAGCAAUUGUUGAUGGUGCAACAGCAUCGUCUUCAUUACUGCCAGGUUUAACGGACACAACAGCUGCUGAUAUUGUAUUGCUAUUACCUUCAAAUAAGAAGGCCUUACAGUGUACAUUCAUGUCAUCAAGUUUCACAUGAGGUCUAUGCUGCUAUGUUUUCUUACAACCCUGUGUAAAAUGAACAGCAAGAUACUGAAAGCUCAAUAUUCUAACUGUACAGGAGGCGAUAUUAAAAGAAAAUGUUUAUGCGAAUGAGAGCUUAAGUAAGUUUGAAGUUCUGUUGCUGUUUUUA